AUGGCGUUCUCGGUUCUUCGCGUCGCCCAGAACGGCGGCCUUUUGCGUCACUUAAAUCCCUCCAAGGUCUCUCAGCGCUGGUCGUCCACGGCGCGCGUGUUCGUCGACAAGAACACCAGAGUCAUCUGCCAAGGACUCACGGGCAAACAGGGAUCCUUCCACACAGAACAAUGCCUCGCGUACGGAACGCAGUUUGUUGGCGGCGUCAACCCCUCGAAGAAAGGCUCCACGUGGCAGUCCAGCGACGGGAAAUUCUCCCUACCUGUCUUCGGCAGUGUGAAGGAGGCGAAGGAAGCGACAGGAUGCGACGCCUCCAUGAUUUUUGUGCCGCCACCCUUCGCUGCGAAAGCCAUCAUGGACUGCAUUGCUGAGGAGAUUCCUCUUGCCGUGUGCAUCACCGAAGGCAUUCCUCAGCAAGACAUGGUCCGAGUCAAACAGGCGCUGCUGUCCCAGACCAAAACACGCCUGAUUGGUCCCAACUGCCCAGGCAUUAUCAAACCGGGUGAAUGCAAAAUCGGUAUCAUGCCUGGCUACAUCCACUCAAAGGGCAAAAUCGCCUCUAAUGAUGAGUCGAUUACGACUGCCAUGCUAAUUUGGAUUGGGCAGAGAUGUGGUGACCGUGCGUCGGCACACUCUUGGCUCAAUGAAAAGAAAACUGGGACUUUGACGUACGAAGCUGUAAAUCAGACAACUCAGACGGGACUGGGCCAGUCUACUUGCGUCGGCAUCGGUGGUGAUCCGUUUAACGGCACAAACUUCAUCGACUGUCUCGAGCGGUUCGUCAAUGACCCAGAAACAAAAGGCAUUGUGCUCAUCGGAGAAAUCGGAGGGUCGGCAGAAGAAGAAGCUGCGGCCUGGCUGAAAGAGCACAACAAGGAGCAGAAGCCCGUCGUGAGCUUCAUCGCAGGACUGACGGCACCACCCGGCAGGCGGAUGGGUCAUGCAGGAGCCAUCGUGAGCGGUGGCAAAGGAACAGCCGAAGGAAAGAUUGCUGCUUUGGAGGAUGCAGGGGUUCAUGUCGUCAGAAAUCCGGCUGCCAUGGGGCAGAAGAUGUUGGAAGUUAUGCAAGCGGCUGGGCUUCAUUAG